GAGUUUCUUACCCAAAAGGAUUACCCUUGUAAUAAAUGUUGAGAAAACUAAGAAAACUAAGGAAAUAGUUUUCAAAAGCGCUCUCUUUGUAAGAUUUACUGUACAUAUUGUUCAUAAAAAUAUAUGUGAUCUUUAACCAUCGACUAUGAGUAUGUAUAAACCCUUAAUCAAGAUUUACAGUUAUCUCUUAUCCUUUUUCUCUAGUUUCUGUUCAGAAAUGGCUGCCAAAAAAGAUGACUUCUCUGUCAAGAAAAUCUCUCCAAAGCUCGGUGGAGAAAGAGGAAUUCGAAACCCUAACGGCCCAACUUCUUCACAUGACCUCGUCGAACAAAUGGAGUUCCUUUACGUAGAAGUAAUCAAAGCCAUCAACAACUCUAUCGUAGCAGACACAUAUAACCCCAUCGUGGAAAUCACUCUCGGAAACUACAAAUCAUCCACCAAAACUCUAAAACUUGGACCAAACAUGGAGUGGAAUCAAGUAUUCGCUUUCGACAAAACAAAAGGCGAUGUCUUGUCGGUUACGCUAAAGGACGGUCGACGGGAGAACGGUACCGUGAUAGGCAAGCAAAACUUUAAGGUAGCCGCUGAUAUUCCGUUUAGGGUUCCUCCCGAUGCAAGAAUUGCGCCGCAGUGGUACUCUAUGGCUAACAUGGAACUGAUGAUGUCGGUUUGGUUCGGCACACAAGCCGACGAGGUUUAUCCACGAGCAUGGUUCUCGGACGCUUCUGAUGUUAGCGCUAGUUGCGUGAGCAACACGCGACCUAAACUAUACCUAGCUCCAAGGCUAUGUUACGUUAGGGUUACGAUUGUUUCAGGUCACGAUUUGAUUUGUAACGAUGUAAAGAGAACACCUUCGGUUUACGUGAGAGCAACUCUCGGUGAUGUCGAACUAUACACCGAGCUUUCUUUAGGUUCGAACCCGUCGUGGAAUCAAGAUCUCAUCUUUGUUGCAUCUGAGCCGUUAGAUGAAACUGUCUACAUAACCCUAUUCGAUAAAGUCAACGGCCAGUGCAUAGGGUUAUUAGAGAAGAAGCUCUCUGAGAUGACUGCGGUUAAAGUCCCUGGAUCCGCACCAGCCUUGUUCUACGACAUUGAACCGCCGGUUAAGGUGGAACCGGCUGGCGAUUCGAGGCGGUUCUCUAGCAGAAUCAAGAUGAAACUGGCCACUGAUCAAGCGUAUCACGUAUUCGACGAAUGCAUCCAAUACUCUAGCGAUUAUCGAGCUUUCGCUAAAGGGCUAUGGCCCGAUUUGCUCGGGAAGCUAGAGAUUGGUAUCUUGGGUGCUACUGGUUUACAACCAAUGAAAGAGUGGAGAGAUGGAAGGAGGAGUACUGACGCUUACGUCGUGGCUAAGUACGGGAACAAAUGGGCUAGGACUCGAACCGUGGUCGGUAGCUUUUCGCCGAAGUGGAACGAACAGUACUCGUGGGAUGUUUACGAUAAAUGCACCACCGUUACAUUCGGAAUCUUCGAUAAUAACCAACUCGCGGUGGUGUCUAGUAACAACAACUUGGAUGGUCUUAUUGGAAAAGUAAGGAUUCCACUGACGUCACUUGAGUGGGACAGGGUCUACACUUGUUCAUGUCCGAUUCUGGUUCUAAGGGAAGAUGGGUUAAAGAAAACGGGAGAGCUUCAGCUCGCGAUUCGUUGCCUUUGUGUAGCGAACCCGUACGUGCGAGCUACGUCUCCUUUCAGAUGGAUGCUACCGAAAGCCCACUACAAAUCUCCGAUGUCGAUGGUUCAGACAGAGGAUCUGCGAUGGCAAGCUAUUCGUUUGAACUGUCUGAAUCUGGCGAGGGCGGAGCCGCCGUUACGAAAGGAGGUCGUUUUGGAUAUGCUGAGGCCGACGAAUAAGAGUUUCAGUAUGAGAAUCACCAACGCUAACUUGGAGAGGCUUCGUAGAGCCGCUCGGAUGUUUAAUUGGUGCGUUUGGAUGAAGGAAACGGUCAGAUCAACGACGGAUUUUCGUCCGAAAAUCAUCGCGUGUGUCGCAAGUUUAGUGGUUGUGUUUGGUUGGUGGUACUGGAUCUUGUGCCUUGCGGUUUGGCAUGUGGUUCCGGUUUACCUUGCGGUUAUAUCUCUUCUGGAAAUCUUCAGACUCUCGAGGCGAGAGUUCAACAGGUUGGUGCUUGGGGUCGACGCUCGUCCCCCAGCUCCUUUGGUUCCCGUCGAUUUGAAGCUCUGGGGCCUCGACUCGCCCGACCUAGACGAGUUAGCCGAAGAGUUCGACACGUUUCCGUCGUCGGUGGUCGAUGUGAACGUUCUUAGGAUGAGGUACGAUAGGUUGAGGAGGGAGAUGGGGGAGAAUGUGAUGUUACUACUCGGUGACGUUGCUUCGCAAUGCGAACGGCUUUGCGCGCUCUUGUCGUUGCUUGACAGUCCACUAGCUUGGAUUUGCUUCUCGCUUGGAUGUUAUGCGAUGGUGGUCUUGGUCUACGUGUUUUGGGAUCACGUGAUUUUUUUUCAGAAGUUUGUGUUUAUCUGCUUUGUCGUCCGUUGGGUUAACUUCCAGUGUUUUCGCAACGAUUUGCCCAGUGGUAUCAGCAACUUCUUCAGAAGAUUGCCCACCAAUGAAGGUCCCAUGUUCUGAAUGAAUGAAUCUCAAUAUGUUUUAGUAAUGGAAAUUUUUAGUUCCAAAAUCUCUGGUCUCUUCAUUUUUAUUUAUCGGACUCUAUCUAUCUGUUGGAACAUGACAUGAUUUAGUAUUUACUUUGGAUUAAUCACGUUAUUAGCAUUUGUAAUUAGGCAACAUUCAUAAGACUAAAUUAGAAAAUUCAUUAAUGAUAUUGCUUUUUAGAAAAUUCAUUCACCAUUUUUUUCUCUGUUUUGUAAACCUUUGUAAACUGGGAUAUUUCAUAAUUUUGUAUGCCCUAACAAUUAACAUGUACAACGUAAUUUUUUACAGACUAGAAAAAGCAAAAACAAUGAAACAACCUGACCAAAUAAUAAAAUAAUUUUCCUG